GAUGAAAAUAGUGAAGCUCAUCAAUCACGUAAACGCUCUGAAAAUAACAAGAAAGGCUGCUGGAGGUAUUUUGAGCCAUUUAAAGUUCCGAAGAGUGGAACGAAGACCAGAUGUACGAUUGCUGGAUGUAAUACGGAAUAUACAUGGCGUGGUUCUACUUUUAAUCAUGUUCGUCACCUUAAGAAUAAACAUAAUAUAACAAAAUCUCCAACGUCUAUUCAAUCAAAUGAAUCGUCUUUACCAUAA